AUUUUAUCAGCAUUUUAUUGGAUAAGCAAGGGAAUUCUCUAAGACCCAUUGCAGUUCUUGAUACCCUCUCCUUUACAGGCAAGGUGCUGGUAAUAAGAUAGAGGUUUUAUUCUCUCUCUCUCUCCAUCAGAGUGGUUAUUUCUACCACCUGGUAGCACAGGUUGCUUUAAUCUCCUUCCUUCUGCAGAAGACCUCAGAGGCCUUCUGUAGUGUGGUCAUUAGAUGAACUAUAUUCAAAUGUGUAUUUGUGUGGAGAGAAAAAGAGGACUUGUCCGCUUGUUAGGGCUCCCUUAGAACCUGCUGAGGUUUAGUAAGAAUAUCAGAAACUCUGGUGUUAGAAGAAGAUGAAAUAACAAACUGGGCUACUUUCUUACUUGUCUGUGUAUAGGAGUGGAAUUAUGAAGCCAGAGUUAAGGUUGGGACUCGGAGUACUGUGUCCUAGUCACAAAGAGAGGCAGAGACGCAGAGGGGACUGUCGGCUGGUGCAGGCGGAACCAAAAGAUAUUUAAUCAGCAAUUAGAAACACCUGAGGGCAAGGGAAAUUCUACUCCAGCCUCGAGCUUCAUCUCUCAGCCUGCAGCAUGCUGCUUGGCAGAAUGGCCACUGAGGAGCGGCACCUCUCCUCCAGCUGCGGGUCCUUCAUCAAGACCGAGCCCUCCAGCCCAUCCUCUGGCAUCGACGCCAUCAGCCACCACAGCCCGAGCGGCUCCUCUGAUGCUAGCGGUGGCUACGGCAUUGCGAUGGGUGGCCACCCCAAUGGCCUGGACUCACCACCCAUGUUCAAUGGCACAGGGAUUGGCGGUGGGUCCUGCCGUAAGCGUUACGAUGACUGCGCCAGUGCCAUCAUGGAGGAUUCGCCCACCAAGUGCGAAUACAUGCUUAAUGCGAUCCCCAAGCGGCUGUGCCUGGUGUGCGGGGACAUUGCUUCAGGGUACCACUACGGCGUGGCUUCCUGUGAGGCGUGCAAAGCCUUCUUCAAGAGGACUAUUCAAGGGAAUAUUGAAUACAGCUGCCCGGCCACCAAUGAAUGUGAGAUCACGAAACGGAGGCGCAAGUCCUGUCAGGCCUGUCGCUUCAUGAAAUGCCUCAAAGUGGGGAUGCUGAAAGAAGGUGUUCGUCUGGAUCGAGUCCGAGGAGGCCGCCAGAAGUACAAGAGGAGACUGGAUUCUGAGAGUAGCACUUACCUGAGCUUACAGAUCCCUCCUCCAGCUAAAAAGCCACUGACUAAGAUCGUCUCCCACUUGCUGGUGGCAGAGCCGGAGAAGAUUUAUGCCAUGCCUGAUCCAACCAUGCCGGAGAGUGACAUCAAAGCCCUGACAACCCUCUGUGACCUGGCAGACAGGGAACUGGUGGUGAUCAUUGGCUGGGCAAAGCACAUCCCAGGGUUCUCCAAUCUCUCCCUUGGGGACCAGAUGAGCCUCCUGCAGAGCGCCUGGAUGGAAAUCCUCAUCCUGGGCAUUGUGUACCGCUCCCUGCCAUACGAGGACAAGCUUGUCUAUGCUGAGGACUACAUCAUGGAUGAAGAACACUCUCGUCUGACGGGGCUACUGGAGCUCUACCUGGCCAUCCUACAACUGGUGCGCCGCUACAAGAAGCUCAAGGUGGAAAAGGAGGAGUUUGUCACGCUCAAAGCUCUGGCCCUCGCCAAUUCAGACUCCAUGCACAUAGAGGACAUGGAUGCAGUGCAGAAACUCCAGGACCUUCUCCACGAAGCCCUGCAGGACUACGAGCUGAGUCAGCGGAAUGAGGAGCCCCGGCGAGCAGGCAAGCUGCUCCUGACCUUGCCCCUCCUGCGGCAGACGGCCGCCAAAGCUGUGCAGCACUUCUACAGCAUCAAACUGCAGGGCAAGGUUCCCAUGCAUAAACUCUUCCUAGAAAUGCUAGAGGCAAAGGUCUGACAGCCCCAGAGCCAGCCGACAGUGGCCGGGGAACAAACUAGAAACAAAGAUGCAGACAAUGGAGCAAUCCAAACAGCAGCAGCAGCCACCGCCGGCUUUUAUCUCCAAUCAUUUAUUAUGGAAGAAUUAUUUAAUGUCUAUCUGUCGGCGUGACUGCAGAAUCUCGUGUACAGGAGGGGGGAAACUCUUUUAAUCAGUCACCUGUUUCUCUUUUUUUCAUUUGUUUUCUCUGUGGGAAAUACCAGAAUAUGCUCUUGCACUUGUUGAGGCGGUCGUUGGGGCUCAGCCCCUCUGAGCGGUGAUGCUCUUAGCACUGUCCAGGCCGCCUGCUCCCCAGCUCCCUCCGCCAGUGCUGGAGGGGGACUGGGGACUAAAGCAGGAAGAGAGGAAGAAUGGAGUCGAUAUAAACUUUAUCUGCUGGUGUUGCGAGGGGUCAGAUAGAAGGGGAAGCAGCCAGGGUCCUUCAUUUUGCCACCUCUCUGGUUCUAACCGCAGGGCAGGUGCUCCUUUGGAGAGGAGCGCUACUGGACCUCUCCUGAUCGCAAAGGCUGCCUCCCGGGCUCCUCUAGCGACAGCUAACACUUGUACAUACAGGCCCCACUUCUUACCGGGAAAGAUGCUCCUAACUGUGUAAGAUAUUCUGCGACCUUGUACAGUGCGUCAUUACGCCUGGCUAGUCCCUCCCAUGCACAAUCCCCACAGGACCCUGAAGAGGCAGGAUGUACGUCCCUGAGAGAAUGCAAGUCUCCUUUCCCAGAUGGCAAGAAAAAAAAGAGCCUGACGUAAGCUUUUGUGCUGGGUUGACUUGAUAAUCUCUGCAUCCUCUCCUAUGUGGUGCUAACUACAAUUCUUCUACACUUUUCACCCUGUAGUGUAUCAAACCUGCCUCUUCAGCUCAGCUGAGUGCCAUUCCCCACUCGUUCCUUCUGGCAAAGAACACAAGGCUUUGUCUGCAUGGUUAGCGCCCAAGUAUAAAUACACCCCAAACCAGGGCUUUCCUAGACUUCAUUAAAGUGAUAGAUCUUUGCCUCCACAGAGACUAAGGCUUAUUGCCAAAUGCUAGUUAGGAAUCAAAGGAACCGCUUUUUCGUGGAGGCAGCUCCUGAGCCCAAGAGAUUGCUUUUUUUUUUUUUUUGCUUUUUUUUUUUUGUGGCAGCCUAGGGAAGUAAACUUAGAGGGUGGCAUGGAACCCCCAAAUCCAAUAUCCCAAUUACUGUCUUCCCCUGCCUCAUCCCAUUAUCCUCAACAGCAGCAGAAGAGCUAGCUAGCAUAGAUUGUCCCUGGACUUGUUAAGAGGUUCUCUUGCUGAUGGAAAAUGCUGUAUACCUGACCUCGAGAUGGUGGGAGAAGUGGGGGAAUGUUCAUUUACUCCUCUCGUUAACAAGGUUCCUGCUGCAUCCAAGCCUUGGUUUAGAUCUGCUGUCUAAGCCACAACUGCUGCAUUCCCAGUAGCCAGAGGGGCAUUUGGGUGACUGACAAAAGCAGCUUGUUUGCAUUCUCUGAGAUGUUAUUUUCUUGGUCACUUAGAUCUGAGCCAGCCUGUGCUGAUGAAACCUGAAUGUAUUGUCUGUUUUGUGGUCAGUGGCAUAGCGGUAGAGGCGAGCAAAAGCCUCUGAUCUGCAUUUGAGACACCACGACCUCUACUGCCUCUGUUCCCCUCAAGCUUCUGUCCCUUCCUGGAUAGCCCAGGUGGUGUGGUCCCCAGCAGGAACCCUUCCAAAUGGUCAAGGCGUGUGAUCAGGGAGACAUGGGUGCUUGUUUUCUACUGGAGCAGAACAUGUCACUGUGCAGGCUCUCGGUGCUGCAGUGUGAAGGUCAGGCUAGCUCAGAGACUGAGGAUGCUGAUACUGAGCUCUCAGCUCGUGUAGCCAGCCCACUCCUGGUACGUGAGUUAGUUCAGUUCCAUCUCCUCUGAGCUCUCCAUACACUGUACAGUCAUAGCUGCUCUCACCCAUUUUGUACUCAAUAAAGGAAUUCAGUCUUGCUUCAGGCACGUUAGUAAACCAACAGAGACCUAAGGGACAGAAAGCACAUGGGAGUUGGGACUGUUUCCAUGCUCACAGCAGCAGCAACUACACAGUGGCCUUGUGCUUUAAACAGAUACUCGUGCUUCCCUUCCUCAUCUCCCUCCCAGAGGCAGCUGGGGAGAAAAUUAUAGCUUCUGGUUGCGCUGAUGAUCCCUGUACCCAUCUGUGACUGAGAGGGACCAAACUGAAAUGCAAGCCAUCACUAGAGCCAGCUUGCCAUGUGUUGCAACCUGGCAACUCUUUCUGGCUGUGGCACGAACACUCACAAAUUUGCUGGGCUGCAUGAUCGCCUCUAAGUUAGACUCACUUGACCACUGUUGCUUCCUUGCUGAGUCCCACUCAGGCCAGCCACAGCACAUUGUGUUUGAACUUGCUUCACAACUGUGCAAAAGUAGCUGUCCCAAAGUGGGCUGAAAAGAUCUUAAGAAGCAAGUCCUGUUCUGCGGGAUCCUGGCUGGAAAGGUCAUUUAAUAAACGGUCCUGAGCAAUCUGCUCUAAGUCACCCUGCUCGAGUGGGAGCUUGGAACAGAUGACCUCAACCAUUCUGUGAUGCUGUGAAAGGCUCUUCCAGCUUUAUUGAAUUUGGACUUGGGCCUGCUUUCCAGAACAGAAGGGAGAACAACCUACAAAACAAGACUAUGAAGGAGAGCUGUUCAGUCAGUUUCUAGCCCACAGUGACUGCUGGCUAUUUAGAGUAGAGCUAUGGUAUGGAGGCAGCUCCUGUGUUGGCAGAACAAUACAAAGAUACCAAAUGCAUUUUUUUUCCAGGACCUUCUUUCUCCAUUGCAGCUGCAUAACCUUGGAGCCCAUCUGGUUAUCCCCCAUUGCUUGAAGGUAAUAGGCUCGGAAAUGUUUGCUUCUGAAAUAGGAUGGGACCUGAACCAGGCAGUAAUUAACAUUUAUUAAUCUCUUUACACCAGGAAUGCAAACUCUUCCCCAGGAACUGGGAUAGAAACACGUGUCUAAAUUUAACCCUUAAAAGUCUUCUACCAUCUUUAAUUGGGAAGCAGGUCAGGUCUCUUGGACCCUUCAGACAAGUGCAGGAAUCCCAUGCGCCUCUUCCCUUCCCAGGUAUUCUGGUCUGUGCAUCAUUAGUACUAGCACGCUGCCACAACUGAGGGGCAUGUCCAGCUACACAGUGAGCUGGGCCUGCAGUGGGGGGUGACAUCUUAGUGUAGUUCUCUCAGUGCAGUUUGAAAUAGGAAAUGAGGCUUCAGCAACUGCUUAGUUCUUUGAGUGCUCAUAGCCUCUUACAAAAAAGGUCUGGAGAUGUGGAACUUGAGCCAUGAACCAGGAAAUGGGCUCUGGUCAGUGCUUUUUAUACCAUUCAUUUGUAAUACGGGAGUCACAGUCAGCUCCAUACAGCUGUCCUUCUACAUGGGGCAAAAGAUGACAGAGUUUGGGCCUUGGGACACAAAUGGUCUCUGUGACUUAAAGAAAAGAAAGAGGUAAGUGUAUCAGUGACGAUGAAUAAGCAUGAAGCCAACAUACAGCUACUAUGAUGGUAAAAACAGCUCGAGCCCCUGAUUUGCAUGUGCGGAUAACAGAACCACCUACCUGUCAGCCACUGCAAAAGGCAGUUCUUCCCAAGUGACCAGCUCUUCUCUUUUGGGCACAUUCUUCUCUGGGAACAGGGGUCUCUGGCCUGUAAUGCAAAAUGAGUCUCACGGGGAUCAAUUAAAAGAAAGGGUAAAAUACCACACAGAAUGAGGUUUCUGGGGGAAACUUGGGCAUUACACCUCGCAGCAAAACUGUGAAGCUACAAGAAACUCCCCUGCAACAAUCAGAACCUUGCAGUAUUGUUCACGCUAAGGGGGCAUUAUUUUUCUCUUUGUAAGCUGUCAUCUUUUUUUUAAAACAAUUAACAAAUGUAUAAAAUAAAAUAUGAUGCACCAGAAACAUGUAAGCAGCUCUUAGGGGGGAAAAUCACUGAGAAAGACCCUAAAAUGUAACUUGUUGAGCUUUUGUUACCGACUGGAGCUGAGAAAAAGUGCUUCCACGUUGUAUCCACAAGCUAUAAUCAAUCAUAUGGCCAAAGGCCACUCUUGUUCUUGUGGCUGGCUUAUGUGGGGAAGCUGGGGAGACAGAGGCUGUGAGAAUGAUGCAGGGAGUUAUAGACAGUCAGUGAAAUAAACAGUAUCUACUUAACUAUUAUCUGCUCC